CAGUCAGUCUAUCUGCAACCAAGCAGCAUGGAGAUCACAACACUGUGUACAGUCAUUGCCUCCAUCAGAGUCCUUCCCAACAGAUCCCAGUUAUUUCACUACGAGUCGCUCUCUCUGAGCUGUGGGGAGCCAGGAAAGUCUUCUCAGUGGAGAGUUAUAAGGAACACAUCUACACUCUCAAAUGUAGAGUGUCCCAUACCCAGGAAUAAAAUAAAUGAAUCUAACUGCUUCAUUGAUGAUGUUUACCCACUAGACACUGGAGUGUACUGGUGUGAGUCUGGAGCAGGAAGGUGCAGCGAUGCCAUCAACAUCACUGUGACUGACGGUCCUGUGGUCCUGGAGAGUCCUGCCCUUCCUGUGAUGGAUGGAGACGACGUGACUCUGAACUGCACAGAUAUGAAUUCCUCUUCCAACCUCAUUGCUGAUUUCUACAAAGAUGGCCUCCUCGUGGCGACCAGCUCUACAGGAAACAUGACCAUCCACAGUGUUUCUGAAUCUGAUGAAGGAUUCUACAGCUGUAACAUCUCUGGAGUCGGACAAUCACUAGACAGCUGGCUGGCUGUUAAAGGUGAGGUCUUGCUUCUUGAUGAUGACUCAAAAGGCUUGAUGGGGAACUAUUGUCAGUAA